UCUCCUUCAGAUCAAGCGCUCCUCAAUAAGGAAGGGCAUGGUUAUGGUGUCACCACGAUUAAACCCGCAGGCAUACUGGGAGUUUGAGGCUGAGAUACUAGUUUUACAUCACCCGACCACCAUCUCGCCUAGAUAUCAAGCAAUGGUGCACUGCGGUAGCAUCAGGCAAACAGCCACUAUCCUCUCUAUGACCAGUGACUGCUUACGCACAGGAGACAAAGCUACUGUACACUUCCGCUUCAUUAAAACCCCAGAGUACCUGCACAUAGACCAGAGGCUCGUGUUCAGAGAGGGAAGAACUAAAGCUGUGGGCACCAUCACGAAGGUCAGCUUAAUGAGGCAUACGACUUUGAGGGUGUAGAUCACAACCCAAUG